AUGGCAGUACUCGCAGCUAUUUUACCGGUGGUUUCGAGGAGUUCGGCACUUGCGUUGGAUCUGUUCAAGACAGCUGCUACAUCACCUGACGCGGCAAAAGAGCUGGUUGAGAUUGCAAACGGGAUCAAUGGAUUCGCCAGUAUUCUCAAGCAAGUCGGCACCAUCAUUAAGGAGGAUGAUCGGUUGCCAUCGCCAGAGGCGUUUGACAUGUUGGACGAUGUAAUAGAACAGUCACAGAAUGUUAUGGGUAGCCUCGAAUCGGCCAUAUCGACAGAGGAAUUUCGGCACCAUAAUCGAAGGGAUAGCGCUCGUUAUGCAGGGGAUAGUCGGUCGCUAUCAGAACCGUCUAUGGCAACAAGGCUGGCCUAUUUGGUGGCUCAUCUCGAGGCUUUGAGCACUACUCUUUCGGUGUUACUGCAGACAUUGUACACCGCGCAGAGUGUCAUGUGGUCGAAACUACGUCCUACAGUAUCACCACAACAAGCAGCUAAAGUUGUUGACAACGAAAAGACGCAACUCGAGACCCUUAUUAUCCAGCAACAAUUAUCGAUUCUUGCCGCCUCUAAAAUUUUCGAAAAUGCGUCACAGUCAGAUGCGCGCUUGUUGAUGGAAGACGACAGCUCACAGAGUUUGGUCAAAGCCGAGCGGGAUGAACCACCCACGCCGUCUCACCUCUAUCCAUAUCAGAAUCAGGGGCUACAUGGCCUCGCGACGUCGGCACACACAGAAUCUAAGAGACUCCUUUCCGUGUGCAGCACAUCCGCAUCACAUGGUGAACACCUGCUCGAACGAUUGACCAGUUUGCCUCAGUUCGAGAGGCGUCUUCAAGAUGAGGAACUUGAACAACGGAAGCAGAGACAGCAGGCUCAACAAGCUACAGUUGAAUCGGAUAGUGAAGAAGAGCAGGUUCGAAGAUCUAGGGCCUCGGGUGGAAGCAAACGACAAUCAGACGGGUCGAGAGACACACAGCCGUUAUUCAUGGAAAACAACAUACCCAGUCCAGAGUCUGAGAAAAACUUUAACUCUCAAGUACCACCAACUCCCACUGACACACCCCACACUUCUAAUACGAAUCUCUCAUCUGAUUCAUCAAGGGCUAGUGUGGCAAGUCUCCCGGUUGAGGCUGCCGCCGCUAUGGAAGCCAAAGAAGAAGUCGACGUGGAUCUUGAGAUACCGUGGAAGCUAUGCACGCGAAAGUACUAUUGGAGAUAUAUCGAUGCCAGGCAAGUCGGUUCAAAUACUGACCAAUCGCCGUCUAUUGCCUUUUCGGAGCGGAAUAGCUGGACUGAGAUAAUGGCAAGCUGGGUAUGCAAAGAAGCUAUUCAAGAAGCGCGGCUACCAUACACUCAAGUGCAGAAAGAGAGAAGAAGUGGUAGGAGAACAAAGUUUGAGACUUGUUUCUGCAUUGAGCGGCCGCUGCAGUUCGACCAAGUCAAGCGUCUCGUAGAACGGACAGUUGAGAUAUAUCGAAAGAAUGCGCCGCCUACUCCGCCGGCCGAACCCAAGGCAAGGACUUCAUCUUUUCACCGGCAGGCACCACCAUCACCUAUGGCACAGAAGAGCAACCCGGUUGACCGAGACCGCACACCAGUAGCUCGAAACACGCAUCCGCCUUUUCAUCGUGCGACCAGCUCUCUGAACUCUACACUCCCACCUCCACCUGCAGGACCGCCGCCUCUGGAUCGCUCAAUGUCCACACCAGGCCCAGGUCUUGUUCCUCCGCUACCACAAACGCACCUAAACGCACGCACGCCAAACCUACAAAUCCCGAUACCUCCAGGCCAGCAGUAUGGCCAACAUCACCCGCCACCACCUCAGUCCCCUCGAAACCCUUAUUAUCCAACCCAACCGAGCAGCUACCCAUCCCAACCGACAAAUACUAGUGCUCCACCUUACUAUCCGCAAUCGCCAGCGCAAAAUAUACCACUACCUUAUCCCAACAACACUACCCCACACCCGCCGCACCUCCACCCCUCAAACUCAUCUUACAAUACCAAUCACCCAAUGCAAGCCUCCCCUCUCCGCUCGUCUUACAUGAACAACCUCGCUCCCGGCUACCCAUCCGGCCCACAAUCUUCUGCAUCAAACAGACGCUACGACGACGACCUAACGACGUCAGAAUCUGAACUCGACCGGCCACGACGCAGCAGAAGAGACCGCGAGAGGAGUCGAUCUCGAUACACAGAUCGAUAUGGCGACGGUGGCAAGUACGGUAGUGGUGGGAAGAAGAGUCAUACAGGGAGGAAAGCGGCGGCCGGAGCGCUGCUGGGUGUUGGCGGGUUGACGGCGCUAUUGGAUGGACUGACUGGCUUGUAA